UCUCCAUCUAAAAUAAAAUGUAUACAUAUGCUAUAAAUAAAAAUAAAACUUAAAAGGUUCUCAGAGAGGUCGUCGUAGGUAGACGAUAACUUACGUUGUAAUGAGAGACAAGAGGCAACAAAUCGUAGGCAGUAGUGCGUCGGUGAAGUCCGCUACUAGUGAGCAACGCGUUAUGCGUGUGCACAGGACCGGCCGGCGAAGCGGUAAUGAGCGUGAGCGCCCCUCAAUGGACCACCUCUCAAUGAACAAGAUGACUCACGCACCGCGCCUCCACCACAGAACCGUUACUACAAGCAAUUAUCACAGACGUGACACUCUGAGCAAAUGUUUUGGAUUAUGGGAAGUCGGUGAUAUUUUCUCACCUAUCGCCAGGCGCCAAACAAGCCAAUGUUUUGUCACAGGCGCCGGCGCAGAUGCCUUACUGAUCUCAAAACUACGUUUCCGCCCAUCUGCUUCCCACAAUGCCCAUAGAAACUGGGCAUCCGGAGCCUUCUGCGAAACGUAGGUUGUAUGUGGGUGAAACUUAACCGCUUUUUAAACUAUUCAUGUAAUAAGUUAAUUUAUAUACUUAAAUUAUAGCAUUCAUGCUCGUUUAAAUAACAAACAAUUGUAUAUUAUUUAUUCACAGUUUUAAUCAAAUUAUAAACAAAUAAUAAUUCAAAUAUAAAUCACAAAUUCUGAAAUACCUAUACCUAUAUACAAAAUAUGAUUUAUCUGAUUUGAUUGUCGUUUAUCAAUACUAUGGUACAAUAACGCUACGAAAUACAUAUCUUGUAUGACUACAUGACAAUUAACAGUGCAAACGAAAACUAACAAUAAGAAGUAUUUGCAUUGUAAAAUCAAAGUGCCGAACGUGACAGGAUACAAACUAAAAUAUU